AUGACGGAGAAUGGGGGUCCGUGCCAUCAUGCCACCUUCACAGCUGUCUUCCAGUGCCCUGUGAAAGUCUGGACUCCUAACAACUUAGCUUAUAACCAGAAGUCCUACUUUAACACAGGAAUACCAAGGUACACUGGGAAGCAUAUCCCGGGAGGAAUAUGCUGCAUGCAGAGACUCCACCCACACGCUCUUCUGAUUGGCUGUGAGGGGGUUGAUGGUUCUGGUGUGGACUGUGCUGGUCUGGUCAGUUUUGAAGGACCUGCUCUACAUGAUGAUGAUAACCCUGCGGUUCCUGGUUUCCAGGUGGAUGGCAAGACCAACGCCAAGAUCCAGACGAUCCACCUGGAGAAGUUCCCGGUGAACAAGGCGGCGUUCAGCGCUGACGGCGAGCAGAUCGUGGCGACCGGCUGGAGGAACAAGCUCUUCUACAUCUACGACAUGAUGGAGGGCAGAGUCAUCCCCGUCUCCAACGUACGAGGUCUGAAUGAGCAGAAGGUGUCAGACUUCCAGGUUUCUCCCGAUGGGAAGUUUCUUCUUCUGUUCGGAUCCUCUGGGUUUCUGCAUCUCAUGAGCUCAAAGACCAGGGAAGUGGUGCGCAGCAUGAAGCUGAACGGGACGGUGUGUGCCACCGCCUUCACUGCAGACGGCAGCCAGAUCUUCGCCAACUCCGAGGAAGGCGAGGUGUUCAUCUGGGACGUCCAGAGCAGUAAGUGUGUGAAGAGGUUUGAAGACGACGGUUGUGUGAGAGGAACAUCACUAGCACUCUCUCGAGACGGCUCGUAUCUGGCCUGUGGCUCUCAGGCCGGCGUGGUGAACAUCUACUCUCAGCGGGACUGUCUGCUGGAGCACGAGCCGAAGCCGCUGAAGGCUGUCCUAAACCUGCUGACGCCGGCGACGUCUCUGAGAUUCAACAGCAGCGCCGAGAUCCUGGCCAUCGGCUCGCGGCACGCGGAUGAGGCCAACCGACUGGUGCACCUCCCCAGUUUCACGGUGUUCUCCAACUUCCCAAAAUUCCAGAAGAAGAUGAUCUUUCAGACCCAGAGUGUGGACUUCUCCCCGAGGAGUGGCUUCUACUCCGUGGCCAACAAUAAAGGCCACGCACUGCUCUUCAGGCUUCUACAUUAUCAUGACUUCUGAAGACGGACUCGUUCCCAGCGGACACGCACAUGAUGUCAGUUUUUACCGUUCCAGUUCAAUAAACAUUUACUUGUGAAUAUGAGACCCAUUA